UCAUUGAAAACUUUCAAAAUCGCAAAACCCCUAAAUCUACGCGCCCAUGACCUAAAUAUUUCGCCCUAAAAAAUUAAUUUCAACUCGUUUUCAUUCUUACACCUGCGAUUAAACAUCGGCACCGACUAUUUUGCAUCUAUACUUGUUGGAAAGGCCCUUGCUUUUAGUGUAGACGCACAAACGCUGAUAGUCGGGGUUUGGGGUUCAUGGCUUCGGAAAAGGAAUCUUUGGAAGAGAACAAGAAGUUAGAGAGUGAGGAGAAGGACCCAGGUGAAGUCGAAGAGAAAGGUGAAGUCAAAGAAGACCCAGAUGAAGAAAAAGAGGAGAAAUUAGAGGACUUGAAACAAGAAAAGGAGGAGGAAAAAAAGGAAGAAGAAAGUGAAGCGGAGGAGGGAAAAGAAGAAGAAAAUAAGGGAGAUGAGGAGGAAAAUGAUGGGGAAGAAGAGGAGGGUCAAGUCGGAGAAGAAGAAAAAGAGGGUGAGAAAGUAGAAGUAGACGAGAGCAAGGAAAAGAAGAAAGGAAAGAAUGAGAAGAAAAAUGUGAAAAAGGGAUCGAAAAAGGAGAAAACUGGGGCUAAAUCUCAAAAUGAGAAGGAAGACUUAUCAUCACCCAGGACACCGAGAGGCGAUAGGCCCACGAGGGAGAGGAAGAUGGUGGAGCGGUUUACUGUGAACGCAACUCCCAUCAGCUCUGGCUCCAAAUCUUUGGCCAUUGAAAAGGGUCGAGGUACACAGCUUAAGGACAUCCCAAAUGUGGCUUUCAAGUUGUCCAAGAGAAAGGGUGAUGAAAACCUGCAGAUUCUUCACACCAUUCUUUUUGGCAAAAAAUCAAAGGUACAUACUCUGAAGAAAAAUAUUGGCCUCUUUUCUGGUUUUGUAUGGGUUGAGAAUGAGCAGGAGAAGCAAAGAGCUAAAGUCAAGGAGAAGCUUGACAAAUGUGUUAAAGAAAAAUUGUUGGACUUCUGUGAUGUACUAAAUAUUCCAGUCAGCAGAGCUGCUGUAAAGAAGGAAGAACUCUCUGUAAAAUUGUUGGAGUUCUUGGAAUCUCCUCAUGCUACAACUGAAACAUUGCUUUCUGACAACGAGAAGUCGUCGAAGGGUAAGAAAAGAAAGAGUAAGGACUCAGCAAGCAAAACCCUGAGCUCUGCUGACGUGGCUGAAGGAAAAACCACAAAGAAAAAUAAGCCAAGCUCCACAUCAGGAAAGAAGCCCAAGGAGUUAUCCAAAACUGAGGAAGAAGAUAAUGAUAAAAGCGAAGCUUCAGAGAGCGAAGAUGAUGAAGAUGACAAUGACAUAGCUGCAAAAGCAGAAACUGAGCAGGAAGAGAAUAAGUCUCAGGAAGACAUGGAGGAAGACGAAGAGGAAGGGGCAGAGGAAGAUGAACCCAAAAAGCAGAAGUCUGUCGAUAAAUCUUCUUCAAAGAAAAGUGCUAGAAAAGAUAGUGGUGGCAAGAUGAGUGAGAAGUCUAAGCCUGUUACUAAAGGCAGCUCUUCAAAAUCUUCCAAAAGCUCUGGUGAAUCUACUAAAAAAUCUUCCAGUUCAGCAUCUAAGAAAGUUGCUGCUGAAGCUAAAUCGAAGAAUGAAAUUAAGGCAUCCUUGAUGAAAAAGCGGAAGGCUAAUAAGGAAAUUGAAGAAGAUACAAGUGCACCCGCAAAGGGAAAGGCUUCUAGCAAGAAACAGUCAAGCAAGUCUUCAACAGAUCAAGGCAAAGGGAAAAGCAGCAAGAAAGCCAAGACCGAACCCAGUAACGAAGAAAUGCAUGCAGUGGUAGUAAAAAUACUGAAGGAAGUAGAUUUUAACACUGCAACAUUAUCCGAUAUUCUCAGACUGCUUGGUGACCACUUUGGUAUGGAUCUGAUGCAUAGAAAAGCAGACGUGAAGGCUAUAAUCACUGAAGUAAUAAAUAACAUGACUGACGAUGAAGAUGAGGAGGCAGCGGAUGAGUCUGGUGACAAUUCGGAGAAAGAUGAAAAUAAUGAUUAGUCUUAGAUUUACCCAGGCGAGAACAUGUCAGCAUCACUUCUUCUGAAAUGUAAAGGGGUUUGAUCAGCUGUGUUUAUGUGAACAAAAGGAACACAUUUAAUAUUUCUUUGGCCUUUUGCUGAUAGACUGAUAGAAAGGAAUUUAUCUGUAUGAUAUGAGUUUACUUAUAGUUGCUACAACUGAGUUUCUGGUUUUUGCUCUGAACCCCUGUAGUUGAAUUUAGUCGAUGUUUUAUUACAGCCGUUUUUGUAAAAAACUCGUUUGAGAAUUUGCAGAUAUAUAUAUUUUCAUCACCUUA